GGCAAGCUUCAGAACCUUCUUCAUAUUGGGUUAAGACUUGAGAACAAAACUUACACUCACAGGUAACAAUGGAAGAAUAGAAUCCAAUACAGAUCCCAACCUCAACCCACGCUAAAUGCACAUCUUCAUUCUAUCCGGCCAGAGCAACAUGGCCGGUCGCGGAGGCGUCAUCAAGACCUACGACCACCACCUAAAACGGACGACACAGCACUGGGACGGCGUGGUACCGCCGGAGUGCAGCUCUGACCCUUCCACCCACCGCCUCAGCGCCGCCCUCCGAUGGGAACAAGCACACGAGCCCCUCCACGCCGACAUCGACACCAAAAAAGUAUGCGGGGUGGGUCCCGGCAUGAGCUUCGCGAACGCUGUGCGACGGCGCGUGGACUCCCCUUUGGGAUUGGUGCCGUGCGCAGUGGGGGGCACGGCCAUAAAGGAGUGGGCGCGUGGUGAAGAAUUGUACGAGAACAUGGUGAAGAGAGCGAAGGAGAGCGUGAAGGAAGAUGAUAAGAGUGCGAUCAAAGCGUUGUUGUGGUACCAAGGAGAGAGCGACACGUCAAGUGAGGAAGACGCUGAGGCUUACAAGGUCAAUAUGGAGAAUCUCAUCCAAAACGUUCGUCAAGACCUUAAUCUCCCUUCUCUUCCAAUCAUUCAGGUUGCAAUAGCUUCGGGAUCUGAGUACAUGGAGAAAGUGAGAGAGGCACAAAAGGCGAUUGAUAUUUCGAAUGUGAUGUGCGUCGACGCCAAGGGAUUGCAGUUGAAGGAAGAUAAUCUUCACCUAACUACGGAGGCUCAAGUUCAAUUGGGUCAAAUGCUUGCCGAGGCUUAUCUUACACAUUUUCAUCCUUGUUGAAAGUUCAAAAUUCAAAUCCAGAUCUUGUUUGUUUUGUCAUUCUAUCUUGGCGUGUGCUUGUGUUAGUCUCUCUGGUCUCUCUGAAAUUUAGAUCUAAACAAGUGUAAUAAUUGAAAUUAUAAUUUUAAAUUAUUCUAUUAAAAUUAA